CUGUUGCGUUGUGUUAGCUUGCUGUUGAAAGGGGGCGAAUCGCCUGUGCACCAAAAAGGACGACCUAAAUUGCAAUUUGACAGAUUUUACGAAAAAACAAGACAUUUUGCCCGUAAAGGUCGUGGUGAGUAUUUUGUCCCCAGACAUUUUUUUCGUUUUUCCCUCCUUUUUCUUUUCUUUUUGGAUUUUUUCCACGGUUUUUCCAUCUUGCGAGUGGACAGGACAGAAUGUGCUGGCUAGCAGGGUUAGCUGGCUUAGCUAACGUGGAAAUGUUGCUCCCCCUCAAAGACAGAAAAACGCAGAUUGUUUUUUUUUUUUUUUAGAGCCACAACAUGUUGGAUGUAUUUUAGAUACACUUUGAACUAUUUUUGCAAGUUUGACCUAGCUUUAAUUUUUGUAGCGUUUAAAGGGGAUAUUUUUCUUUGACGGGACUGAUUUGUUUUUUGGUGGCUUUUCAGACAGUCGGACAGCUAACGUUAGCUUCAGCUAACAGCGUCAGAGGCAGCAUCAUUUUAAUCCACGAUCCCUUACAGAUUGUUGACUGCAUAUUUAUGAGACAUUUUUCAGGCUUUGAUUUUUACACAAGAACUGGUUAGAGUUGUUUAUUUUUUCGUGCUUUUUUUAGUUGGUGGUUGGCUAAUGCUAGCAGUGCUAGCCAGCAUGGAGCGCUACCAAGUCUAGCGCAGGCCCUGUGAUUCACACAUGAGCCCGGAGGAGGGCGCUGUUGGUGUCCAGGCUGGUGUGUUGUUGGUUGGUUAGUAAAAAUCCCCACGGGGGCGAAGGUGAAGGUCGAGACACCAGUCCAAACUGAACCCAGCCCACAGUGUCAAACAUCAGGCAGACGAGAGCCCCGCACACAGACGAUAUGGAGCGUUCAUCCUCCACUUCCAGCCUAAUGGCAAGCAGCAACGUCACCAACAAAACCGACCCGCGCUCCCUCAACUCCCGGGUCUUCAUCGGCAACCUCAACACCCUGCUGGUCACCAAGGCGGACGUUGAGGCCAUCUUCGCCAAGUACGGGAAGGUCCUUGGCUGCUCCGUCCACAAGGGUUACGCCUUCGUCCAGUACGCCAAUGAGAGGAACGCUCGGGCUGCCGUCACAGGCGAGGACGGGAGGAUGAUCGUCGGGCAAGUGCUCGACUGCAACCUUGCUGGAGAACCAAAACCACACAGGUCAAAAACCUCCAAACGCUCUGCUGGAGACAUGUACAGCAGUAGCUCGUCGUUUGACCUGGACUAUGAUUUUCAAAGAGAUUACUAUGACAGAGUGUACUCGUACCCGUCCCGAGUCCCCGCUCCGCCUCCUCUGUCACGGGCCGUGAUCCCGUCCAAACGCCCGCGGGUCAGCCUGAGCGGAGGAAGCAGCCGGCGAACCAAGACCAGCUUCUCUUCGUCCAAGAGCAGCCAAAGGAAUUCAUCGUCCAGAACAAUGAGAGUGGACGAGCUGCAAACCAUCAAGCGUGAGCUGUCGCAGAUCAAAAGCAAGGUGGACGACCUGCUGGAAAGCCUGGAGCGAAUGGAGAAGGACCACAGCAAGAAGUCUGCGAAGAGCAUAAAGCCAGAGCCAGGAGAGGUGACUUCACCUCCACACUCCAGCAGUAAGAAGAGUGACGGAAUAAAGAGAGACAGGGAGAGCCAGAACAUGAACAACUCUGAUGAAGAGGAAGAGGACGAAGAGGAGGAGGAGGAAGAAGAAGAGGAAGAAGAGGGAGACCUGCUGGAGGAGGAAGAGGUAAAGAGCCAGGAGAGGGAGGAGGAAGACGAGGAAGAGGAGGAAGGAGAGCACGUGGAAGGAGACGAAGACGACAGCGUCAACGGUGACGACGACUCGUAGGCCAAGACUACACGCAGCUUCCACAAGGAGCUCGGACUCCUGCUUUAACACUCACGAUGUAGAUAGAAACACAAGUGUGCACACAAAAACACAAGCAUGGUGCGCACACCUUAUUGUCAUGUUGUUUCUGAAGAUUUCCUUUUAGUUUCUUAGUUGUCACGUAUUACUGUAACACGACUAUCUAGCUGUAGGUUUGUGUUUGUGCUCGUCUUCAAGGAGAGACAGGAACAUGGACUGAUAAUGUUCUCAGAGACAACAUCUCGACGGACAUCUCGUAUAGCGAAGACGGGAAGUCAGCCACAGAUUAGUUUUUAGCUUCCUCAGCCCGUUUGUUUGACCUUGUGUGUAUGUUCAUGUCAGUUUUUUAUAUAUAUAAAUAUAUAUAAACACACUUUUUAGUUUAACUGUAAAGAAAUAAAUUGCAAUAAAAUAAUAAAAUCAAGUGA